GCGGCUUGACAACACGGAUUGAGAAGCGUGAUGGUCGCUGAUCAUCAUCGGCUCGUGUUUCACUGGGAAACAAUUUUCCAGCAGUAGUUUUCAGUUUUCUCGGUUUUCCAAGCGUAGUUCUUAGAAUUUUGCGGUCAGGGUCGACAAACACCACUGCUGAAAGUGCGUCGGAAAACAAAUUUAGAACCCCCUCGUGGGGCUAAAAUAUUGUUUUUCCCGGAGGGGCACCGGAAAGUGAUUAUCUAGAACGGAUUGAGCUCCGCAAUCCGGAAUGGCAAGUGGUGGUGAUGACGGACCAUCGUCCUCCAACGCUGGUGGUAACAAUAGCUUCGAGCAAUUUAUUUCGCAAUUUACGGCUCGUGCAUCGUUACAAGGGACAUCUAAUGGAACUGCAUUGGAUAAUGGAGGAACGGCGAAUGGAACCUAUGUUCUUAAACCAACAGCAGCUGAGUUUUUCCCACGUUGGCAGCAUAGACAGGAAGGGAUAGGUCGUGAUGAUAGGGCUAAUGAAAACAAUUUGCAGAAUGUAAGACCAUCCGGAGCGAUUCGCAAGCAAUACGAAGGACGGCGGUGGAAUAACAACCGGAAAAAUCGCAACGGUGAUCAAAAUGGCUCUGGCAGAAACAACCGGGGGCAUGUGUUUACUGACUGGGAGGAAGAGCAGAGAUUUUCGGAAGAGCCUGACACUGGCUCACGUGAACCGCACAGGAUACACUCGCAGCAGCCCCAAUAUCCUCAUCAAACUCAAUCAAAUAUGAGAUGGAAAGAAAAUACUGGAGGUGGUCGAUUUCGUAAUAACGGACGAGGCCAAAGAAAUGAACAGGAUCGUUUUAAGUAUCAACAGUUCAAUAGUUAUAAAGACUCCGAAAUACGACAUGAACGAAAGCAGAACGGAUAUCAACGAAAUCGCGUCCGCCAGGAGAAGUUGGAAGCGAAGAUUAUUUCCAAAUGUUCGCAGAGGGAAAAGCUGAUUCGAGAGCUGGAUUCGUCUAAAUUGGAGUGUUUAGUCUGUUGCGAGCUGGUUCGCCCGACGCAAAGUGUUUGGUCAUGUCCGAAUUGCUAUCAUAUUCUACAUCUUAAUUGUACUACCAAGUGGGCGACAAGUUCAGAAUCUGAUGAAGGCUGGCGUUGUCCAGCUUGUCAAAAUAUGUCCAAAAAAAUACCUCGAGAAUAUUUCUGCUUUUGUGGUAAGAUUAAAAAUCCUCAAUACAAUCGCAAUGAUGUGGCGCACUCUUGCGGAGAGGUGUGCGGUAGGGAAGAGCUUUGCGACCAUGCUUGCACUUUGCUCUGUCACCCAGGACCUUGUCCUUCGUGCCAAGCGAUGGUACAGCGUCGUUGUGGUUGUGGACGAGCUACGAAACCGAUGCAAUGCAGUCAAAAGGAUGAAUUUUAUUGCGAUGCAAUCUGCGGUAACAAGUUGAACUGUACCAUACACACAUGCCAACGGAAAUGCCACAAAGAAGAAUGUGGAGAUUGUGAGGAAACUUUGGAACAUGAAUGCUUCUGUAGUAAGUCAAAGAGAAAAGUUCCCUGUACUAUAGAUAAUUUGGCAACAACCAGCUUCUGCUGCGAUGCAAUUUGCGAUAGGCAAUUAAGCUGUAUGCAACACAAAUGCUCUAAGCUAUGUCACUUAGGUCCAUGUGGUGAAUGUGCUCUAUCUCCUAAUUUGAUUACAUCGUGUCCAUGUGGUAAGCAAGCAAUUGUCAAAGGCGAACGAGAAUCAUGCUUAGAUCCUAUUCCUGUAUGCAAAUCAGUAUGUGGCAAGCAGCUAACCUGCGGUGGUUUUGGGUCUCGUCAUAUGUGUACUGCACGUUGCCAUUUGGGAGAGUGCCCACCAUGUAAUAAAUCGAGUGUUGUGAAAUGCCGUUGUGGCCACAUGGAUCAGCAGAUCAAAUGUAAGCAAUUGCAGGGUGAUGUUAGAUGCAAAAAACGAUGCACAAAAAUGCGAAGCUGCGCAAAGCACCGCUGCAAUCAGGAAUGCUGUAUCGACUACGAUCAUAUCUGUCCGAAAACUUGUUCUCAGAUGCUUAGCUGUGGUCGUCACCGCUGCGACAAACAAUGUCACAAGGGUUCUUGUCAAACCUGCCAUCGAGUUUCUUUUGACGAACUGUCUUGCGAAUGUGGUUCAAGCGUUAUCUACCCACCAGUGCCUUGUGGAACAAAGAAGCCGGUCUGUGAUAAGCCCUGCUCACGACGACAUGCUUGUUCUCAUCCCGCACUACACAACUGCCACUCGGAUCCACAAUGUCCACCAUGUGUUGUUCUGACCACCCAGCAUUGCUAUGGGAAGCAUGAGCAACGUAAAACUAUACCAUGCUACCAGGAGUCGUUCAGUUGUGGAUUGGCGUGCGCCAAGCCACUGCCUUGUAAUCGUCACAAAUGUAUCAAACCAUGUCACGAAAACCAGUGCCUCAACGAAGGGGAAAUCUGCCGUCAGCAAUGUACUACCGUCCGAUCAAGCUGUUCGCAUCUCUGUAAGGCACCAUGCCAUGAUGGUGACUGUCCGACAGAUCUACCUUGCAAGGAAAUGGUCGAAGUGACGUGCGAGUGCGGGAACCGGAAGCAGAACCGAACUUGUCACGAUUUUAGUAAAGAGUAUCGACGGAUCACUUCAGCACAACUUGCUUCCUCGAUCCAGGAGAUGCAAAGGGGUGGAUCGGUAGAACUCAGUGACAUUUUGGGACCAGUAAAGACAAAAAAUAAUAAAACGUUAGAGUGUAACGAUGAGUGUCGCACGUUGGAGCGUAAUCGGCGACUUGCCAUCGGUUUGCAGAUUCGCAAUCCUGAUAUUUCCUCGAAACUGCAGCCGAAUUAUCCGGAUCUGCUGAAAGCUUACGCGAAAAAGGAUCCCGCGACGGUUAAGAUGAUUCAUGAAAAGCUCACUGAGCUCGUAAAGCUGGCAAAGGAGAGCAAAAAGUCCCGCAGUCACUCAUUUCCUAUAAUGAAUCGCGAAAAGCGCCAGGUGGUGCAUGAAAUGUGCCGCAUGUUCGGCGUUGAGGCUGUUGCUUAUGAUGCGGAACCAAAUCGAAACGUGGUUGCUACUGCAGAUCGUUUUACGUCGUGGUUACCUAGUAUGAGCCUGCUGGAGGUCAUUCAACGCGAAAGUGGUCAACGGCGUGUAAUCGUGCCCAACCUGAACGCAUGGGGAAGAACGGCCAAAUGACAACCCAACGGAUUAUGUUAUUUUCCUUUAGUUUUUUUGAUCACUAUAUAUUUGUCAUAAUUUUGUAUUAUUGUAGCAAAAUUGCUUUCAAUAUCUGUAGAAAUUUUCACGAUUUUAUUUCAUAUUUUUUCACUACAUACCUGCAGGGAGAAAAUGUCAAUUGUAUGAAGUAUACUUUACGGUUCAACGAUUUCAAACUCCAAAUUUAAUACAUUAAUAUACACAGGUCA